AGCAAAUAGCAAAAGGUAGUGAAAUUCUACAAUCUCAUGCGCGCCAUGUGAUAGGUCUCCUUCUCCCACCACUUUGGUCUUUGGCAGCACACACUUCCACUCUCACUCACUCCUAACUAUAAACUAUAAAAUCCUCCCUUCCUCUUCCGGAAUCUGAUUAUUAAAUUCGCAUGUGUAUUAAUUACUACAUAUAGCUAGAUCUUAGGGAGCGUCCUCUGUUUAAUUUCUAGAUCUUGCUUCAAGGAAAAUCCAGGAUACCAAUGGCUCAACUCAAUCACAGAAAGCUACUACUCUUCUAUGUUCUUUUAUUCCUUUCUCUUUCUGUUUGCUUCGGUGCCAGCUCGUUGGAACCUCAACAUAGUAGAAGAAUGUUGGGUGCCCAAAAACAAGAGCAAGAGAAGCCUUUGAAAAACAAAACCACCGCCAAAAACCAAACCAAGCCAAUCAAGCCCACUAAUAGUAUUUCCUCAACGAACCACACCAAAACCACAAAAUCACCCCACAACAUUUCCUCCAAAAACCAAACCAAGCCACUCAAGCCUAGCUCCACCAAUUCAGCUUCCACCGACACUGCCCUCGCCAAGAAGCUCAAUAGUAAGAUCAAGAAGCUCAACGUCACAUCCAAAACCUCACCCUCAAAACCCGGUACCAGCGUUUCCAUUUCCAGCAACAAGAAAACAUUGGAUCUCGCCAAACCAACUAACAAAACAGCAAAAGACAACAAGCAACCCAGAACAGCAAAAGUAGAUCAAACUCACGACGCAACAACAAACAAGAAACAAAAGACUCCCCCGAACCAACUACUACAACAAACGAAGAAGAAACCAGCUCCGAAACAAGCACCACCGAGUUGGAUCGUGGAGGAGGAUGAGGACGAAUAUGAUUUGGUUUCAGAGUUGACAGAUCUACCCAACAAGUUCCACCGAACACUCCUCCCCGACCUGGAACGAAUCUCCACCACUUCCAAAGCCUACAUCACCAAAGCCAACAGCGAAAUUACCAAAGGCUUCAAACCCUACGUUGGCAAAAAAUACGCACCCACCGUCGCCACCAUUAUCUCUAGCGCCUUCAUACUCAUCCCUCUCCUCUUAGUCUCUCUCCUCUGCACAAGAAUCAAAGCCUAUUUCUCCCUCCAGAAGAUCCUAAUCUUCAUCCAAGUCUAUCUCUCUUUCUACUUCACCAUUCUCUGUGUCACUUCGUUCUUCACCGGCUUCGAACCCCUCAGGUUUCUAUACUCUACUUCGCAGUCCACGUAUCUGUGCCUGCAGGUGCUGCAGACUCUCGCUUACGUCUUCUACUUGCUGCUGCUUCUCAUGUACCUCGUGCUCGUGUUCUCCACGGACUGUGGGCUGGGCUCCAAGUUCUUGGGCCUGGCCCAGGUCUUCGUGGGCUUUGCCGUUGGGCUGCAUUACUACGUCACGGUGUUCCACAGGGUGGUGCUGCAGCAACCGCCCAAGACGAAUUGGAAGAUCCACGCGAUUUACGCCACGUGUUUUCUGCUCAUCUGUGUGCUUGCUAGAGCUGAUAGAAGGAAAAAGAAUUACGUGGAGGACGGUGGAGGAGAAGGCAAGAAAAAUUGAUUCAGCUACCUUUCUAUUUAUUUAUUUUAUUUUCAUUUGAUUCAAUUCAAUAAUUAAAGUUAUAAAAAAGUAAAAUUGCAAGCUUGUUCAAUAAAUAAGGCUACAUCAUGACAACAACAUUUUCAUGCCUCCUGAUUUGGAUGAAAACAUAGCUGUUCUUUUCUUA